AAUGAAGCUUGCGAAAAACUGAAAAGUUGGCAGCGAAGCGAUGGAGCCACUGGAGCCCUAGGAAGGUUGCCAUGGGAACACAAACAAAACCACCGGCGCCAUUUCGUCUGUUUCCGUUCACUUGUUGAAUAUCUGCACGCUGUGAGCUAGCGCUGUUUGAUCGAUAACGUUAUCGAUCCAACGGCUAAGUGUGCUAUCCUCGUGGUAAUAGCCAAAUCGAGACAGAACAGUUUGGGUAGCCAUACCGUGCUGCGAUCAAGAUGAACAACCUGUAUUUGGGAGACGAUCCUGUGGUGAUUUGUCAUGGUCUUCUCUCUGCUGCUGUGCUGGAGCAGGGCCCAAAAGGUGAGGCGGAAACUAUUGUUGAGCACGAACCAGUGCGUUUUAAGGACGUAAAAGAGCUCUCACUGAGCUAUCGCAAGAUUCUGCGCAUUGAUAACCUGUGGGAAUUUACGUCUCUGACGAAGUUGCAGCUAGAUAAUAACAUCAUUGAAAGGAUAGAAAACAUCUUCUACAUGCCCAAUCUGAAAUGGCUGGAUCUAUCGUUCAACCGCAUCGAGAAAAUAGAAAACUUGAACCAGCUUAUCCACCUUGAAGAUCUCAGUCUGUACAGCAACAAGAUAUCUGUGUUGGAGAACUUGGACAAACAGCAAAAGCUUCAAGUGCUCUCAAUCGGUAACAACUGCAUCGACAGGCUCGAGAAUGUGCUGUACCUGAGGACAUUGGGGGCACUGGGCUCUCUGGGACUGGCAGGGAACCCCGUGGCAGAGCAUCCCGAGUACAAGAGCUACAUCGGAGCGUUCUUGCCACACCUCACCUAUCUGGACUAUCGACUAGUGCAAGACGAGUGGCGUCAGCAGGGAUUGAAGAAGCACAGCUACGAGAUCGAGGAGAUGGAUCUUCUAGAGCAUCGAGAUGAGUUUGAAAAGGAGAAGCAGAAACAGCAGCAAGAGCAGGAAGAGCGAUACAGGGAGGCUUUCGUGGAAGGCUUGAGUGAGGGGCAGCUGUUUGACGAAAUGUUUGACGGUGAUAAAGAUGGUGACCAUUUGUAUCAUAUGCAGGGCGCUGAAGAACUACGCGAGACGCUGAAGACACAGGUGGUACCCAUCUGCAAGCAGAUAUUCGACGUGGGUAUUGAGAAGGAGCAGCAGCGAGCGGAGGAGCUCAGUCAGCUCAUCAGGUGUCUGAAGGAGGGCCGCGACUCCGAUCAGGAGAAGGCUGUGGGUCGGAUGGACGAGUUUCUGACGGACAAGGAGACCCUGCUGGGAGACAUCGCGGCGGCCAUCGAGAUGGCCGAGGUAGCCGGCGUCAAUGAUGAAACCGAGGCGGCGAUCGACACUGCCAUCCAGGCGUACCGGGACCGCUGCCAGAGUCUCUGGAGCCAGCUGAUGGGCAGCGAGGUGGUACUCAACGACGGCUUAGAGGAGGUCAUCCAGGAGUUCGGCAGGAACCUCACCGAUAUGGUGUCCAGCAUGCUGGAGGCGACCCAGGCGCUGUUCGCCCAGGUGCGUGACCUCGAGGCCGGCUACACGGAGCAGGUCACCGAGCUGGCGCUCCAUGUCCUGGAGAAGGUCAUCAGGAACGACGAGGACGUGGACAUGCCUCCGGAGACCACCGAGCUCUUCACCGACAAGGAGGUGGUGAUGUCGCUGGUCACCGGAUCGCACGACUUCCACCUGCAGGUGCUGGACGGGAGGGAGGACCGCAUGACGUCUCGCGUCAAGACAUGGCUGCAGAACACCAUCGCGAACCUGCUACAAGAGGAGGAGAAGAGGAAUCGAGACCGAGUCAUCGAGAUAAACCACUUCCUCGACAAACAGCGCGAGGAACUGGAUGAGUUUGAGAUACCGCGCGUGCCAGAGAUGGAGCUGGAUAUCGCACCGUAGUUCGCAAUCGCAGUUUCUGUCGACUUUCGAGCCAUUGUAGACAUUGUAUCCAGCGGUGGGGCCAGGUUGGCUGUGGCAGGACGUCAUAAGUGACUGUAUAGCCAUUUAGAAAUGACUACUCAAUGUGUGUAUGGUAGAUACGGUAUGCAGGUCUAUGUGUCGCGGUUACAAUGCAUUGCAGUGCGUUAUGAAAUAGCCAAUCAGAGGGCAUUGCUACUGCAUUCAGCAUCAGAAUCACUAAAAACGACCAAAACGAAGUGCAGGUCCAAAUAAAUACGCUUCCACUAUUUGAUAA